UUUGCAUGUAAUAAGAACGGAAGUUUUUGAAGCAAGUAUGUUUGAUAGCAACGUGGACUGCGCUGUGGGGUCAAUAGUCGGGCAUUGCUCGGCUUGCAUGCUGCUCCACGUCCGUAGAAAGAGUACCGCUACUCGCCGCUACGUACCCGGUGACCCUUCCACCUCCUUCCACGCUUCCAUUCCCCACCUACAGUAAGCGUACAUUAUCGCGACCAUCUCCCGCCUUCUCCCACUUUGUGCUAUCGCUCGUUCGAAGUUCUCCCUACCCAGGCCAACCGUAGCGACAACGCGCCGUCGCGUGGCACUACGCUCCACGCGGAGACCUCGCGAACUUCGUCCCCUUCGCGAUCGUGUGUGUACGCCCCACUCUACGUCCAGUCGAAGCCGCCCCUCCAGUAAGUAGUAGAGCCACCUGGUAGUCGGGCGCAUGCUCGUCUCCAGUAGUCCCGCCAAACCGAUGUAACCGACUGAACAGUCUCGCAAUUUGCGGCUGGACACUCGCGUGGAACGUUCUCCCGCGUCUGCACUCGCUCGCUUCGCUAGUCGACCGUUCGAAAUCUGCGUUAACAGACGCGUUUAGAACGAGAUUCGAUCGAGUUGCUUUAUGAGAGAAUAUGAUAUAAAUGAAAGUUAACCGACUACGUUAACAGGGGAAAAAAUACAGUUAGACGUUCGCGCGAUCAUUUCCGUCGAGAAUACCGUCAUGAUAGUCGAGGCUGCGCGUAAUAGGGUGGCAAGCACGCCUCGCGGUAUAGCGGUGGAACUUGUACGUGACCAAAGUCGUACGCGUUAUGAAUCGCGAUCGCGAUGAAGUCUCGUAGUAGUCUUGGUAAUUGGCGAAUAUACGACCUUACGUUAAACCAGCCAGACAAACGUUCGAGGUUACACGCAAACAUACUGAAAGAAUCCAAUUCCGAGCAAUCGACAAGGGAGUUAAUCUUGUCAACAGGGGAAAAAAGAGAUAAUAUGACAUCGAAUGACAGAGGAAUCGAUCGUCCGUGAACAGAUAAGUCGUACGACGGCAGCCGGUAACAGGGCAAAUAGCCAGAGCGAGGGGUUGCCCAAGGUCGCUGAGGGUAGCUUACCCCCGGUAAAGGAAGUUCGCAUCUGCGCACACGAGUGAGAGUCACCUCUGACAACGGAAAGCUCUUUCUCUUUUUCCUUCUCUCCGUCUUUCUCGCUCUCUCUUCCUUCAUUCUUUGUCAUAUUCAGGCACGAACGCACACAUAUAUAGGAGUGGAAGGUAUACGCGCAGGCAGACAGAGACCAACACAGUCACGUACACCCUCUCUCAACGGCUACGUUCCCCGCGUACAUUCGCUCGCUAUAUAGUAUAUAUAGGUCGGCGGUACGCCUCGUGCGGCUGUCGCUGAAACCAAGUUCAAGGCCAAAGGCUCGGCAAAGGCCACAAUCGUGGCUGGUGGUGGGAGUCGUUGAUGGCUGAAUAAGUGGAGGGGCUGUUGAACGCAACCCGCGGAACAUCACUCAGUCGGCGGUGAUGCUGUCUCGCGUUUACACGCGUUCCACUGUACCGCUCCUUUCGAGAACUCUAUUCACGAAGCAGCCGUAUGUGUUUGGCGGCGCGCCGUGCACGCCGCGUUACGUUACGAGUAUACACGUUGGAGUGACUUGCGGGGACAACGAGUCGACCGAUAGUCAGCCAGCGAAUAAUCAUCAUCAUCGCCAGGAUAAAAAAAGUUUGCCGCGAAGCGGCUCGAUCAGACCGGGAUAUUAAAUAUUAAAUACAUCAUCGACUGUCGCGUGUAUAUGGUGUCCUUUACGGAGUAUAGUAUCAUUUGCCAAACACCGACCGGUAGUGAUUGUGCCCGAUGGGAGACUAAUUGUUGUGCGUGGUGCAGUUCGUUCUGAAGCUAAACGCCGCACACGGGGACACGAUUAAGGACCAAGCGUUUUUCUUGACCGUCAUGGGUGACGAGUUACCCAUACUGAAGGGAAUCCUCAACGGAGUUGUUGACUAUCACAAUGCACCGGUGCGAUUCGGCCGUGUGCCCAAACGCGAGAAGGCCAGGAUUCUGGCUGCUAUGCAGCAAAGCUCCCACAGCCGUUCUCAAGAGAAGGCAGUAGCGGCCGAGCUGGAGGACGAGCAACGUCUCCUAGCCACUGUCGUUCAAGCUCAUCUCGACACAUGCGAUUUCACCAGGGACAAAGUGGCCCCGAUUCUGGUCAGGGCACGAGAGACUCCCAACUACACCGCGUGUCCGCCAACCUUGGCAUGCCCUCUGAACCCUAACCCGCAACCGUUAACGGGCCAGCAAGAGUUGCUGCAAGACUUUUCCAAGAGGUUCUCGCCGGCGAUACGCGGCGUUGUGGAGUUCGCGAAACGUAUCCCUGGGUUUAGCCUGCUCGCCCAGGACGACCAGGUGACGCUACUGAAAGCAGGCGUGUUCGAGGUGUUGCUAGUGCGACUGGCAUGCAUGUUCGAUGCUCAAACGAAUAGCAUGAUUUGCCUGAACGGACAAGUGCUCAAGCGAGAGUCCAUCCAUAAUAGUAGUAACGCACGAUUCCUCAUGGAUUCGAUGUUCGACUUUGCCGAAAGGGUCAACUCUCUGCGACUAUCCGACGCGGAGUUGGGACUCUUCUGUUCGGUGGUAGUGAUCGCCGCAGACAGGCCUGGGCUGCGCAACACCGAACUGGUCGAGCGUAUGCACAAUAAACUGCGAAACGCUCUUCAGACCGUAUUGGCCCAGAACCAUCCUCAACAUCCAGACAUUCUUAGGGAGUUGUUGAAGAAAAUUCCGGACCUGAGAACGUUGAACACUCUUCAUUCGGAGAAACUACUGGCCUUCAAGAUGACCGAACAACAGCAGCAGAUGCAGGCUCAACAACAACACCAGCAACAACAGCAGCAGCAGGCGCAACAUGUGAUCAGUGCUCAACAACCGCAACAGCAACAUUGGCCGAUGGAGGAGGAACCACCCGCGUCCUGGGGUUCGGCUUCGGACGUAACCCUCGACGAAGCCGUAAAGAGUCCGUUGGGUAGCGUUUCGAGUACAGAAAGCACUUGUAGCGGAGAAGUUGCCUCUCUAACGGAAUACCACCACGUCGCACCUGCAAGUGGUCAUCACGCAUCCAGUGCACCUCUUCUGGCCGCCACUCUCGCCGGAGGUCUCUGUCCUCAUCGUAGACGGGCGAAUUCUGGUAGCACCAGCUCGGGAGACGACGAGUUGCAUCGUGCGUCCUUGUCGAAAACCCCUCAACCACCUCAAUGCCCGCGGUUCCGCAAGCUGGAUUCUCCGAGCGAUAGCGGAAUCGAGUCGGGAACCGAGAAACCGGAUAAACCUGCGAGUAGCAGCGCAAGCAGUGCGCCAACCUCUGUCUGCUCCAGUCCACGCUCGGAAGACAAAGAAGUGGAAGACAUGCCGGUGUUGAAGCGGGUGCUCCAGGCUCCUCCGCUCUACGACACCAAUUCCCUGAUGGACGAGGCGUACAAGCCUCACAAGAAAUUCCGCGCACUCCGCCAGAAGGACAGCGCGGAGGCUGAGCCUGCGGUGAUCGUGCAGCACACUCAAUCCCAGCUGCAUCUUCACUUGACCUCGCCACCGGCUCGUAGUCCCUCGAACCAAAUGCAAGCACAGUGUCCGCAAACCGCGAGUCUCUUGAGUAGCACCCACUCCACUUUAGCCAGGAGUCUGAUGGAAGGACCACGAAUGACGGCCGAGCAGCUGAAGCGCACGGACAUCAUUCAUAAUUACAUAAUGCGCGGAGAGGCGAGUCCCAGGUCGCCGGCAGCCUCGCCAUCACCAGCGGAACAGUGCGCUUCCACAACCACGAUCACCGCGCGUUCGCCUCAAGGAUCUCAAGGUUUGUUGCAAUGCGCCACCAGCAGCUACUCGACGACGAGAUGGCCCACCACGUCGGUGAUCACGACGACCACGGGUGCCCGGCAGCAGCAGCAGCAGCAGCAGCAGCAGCAACAACAGCAACAGCAGCAGCAGCAACAACAGCAGCAACAACAGCAGUCUUCCUCGGACUACCUCAUGGUCGGCAACUCGCCGGCCUCGUCGCCUAGGUAUUUAUCCGCGGCGGCAACGAGUAGUACGAGCACGAGUCCACGGCCAACCUCGAGUACGGCGGCGACGCUAGUGCUGUCCGGUUGUCCCAGCAACAUGAUGGAACUACAGGUGGAUAUCGCGGACAGCCAGCAACCGUUGAACCUGUCGAAGAAGUCGCCGUCCCCGUCGCCAAGACCGCUGGUAGGACCUUGCAAAGCUCUGUCCCUCGAAGCGUAGUGCUCUCGCGACGUUGUAUGAGCGUGUCGUCGUUGUUCGUGAUGUUCCUCUGGGACGUGGAACGCGCGUGUUGCAGCCCACCUAUAAAGAACGGUACGAGUGAUUUAGUUGUUGGUGUCGCGGUCCAUACGCCACGUCGCGUCGGUCGCUCCCCAUCCCGAAAACCGAGUUGUAUGAAAGUGCCAGGACGCUCGAAGCGCGUGAUAAACCAAAUAAUUUAUUAAUUUAAACUAUUAAUAUCGAUAAAUUGCGCGAGACACGAAGGGGGAAAAAAUGGUGGGAAGGUGAUGGAACUCGAAGAUCCGGAACUCGUAACGCGGAACCACCCUAUUUUGCACGGGUACCUUGACGGAACGGACACAAACAGGUAGUUGCGCGAGUGAGAAUACGAGCAGAGUAUCGGUUUUAUUUCUCAGAAAGACGUGUCGUGUGAUACGAAACGGACAGAUCGUACACGGAAUCAGACGCUUUUUAAGAAAGUGCCGAUCCGUAGAGCAGCAAUCAGUGCCGUGUAUAGGACUUUACCGUAUAUCUACCUAAAGAAAGCUACCUUACCCAUCUACCUACCUACCACCUAUCGAUACAAAUAAUAAAACCAACAAGAACAACAUAGGGAAAGCUAUCUGGUCUAGGUAAUCUAGAAGAUAGCGUCGUGCUCCCAUACGAGACGUGGGGAGCAAAGAAGAAUAGGAAGAAGAUUGAAUGUUACAGAAAUGAAUAAUCUAUCUACAUGUGAUAAUCAUGGAAAUCGCGCAUCCUGUACAGUACUCCACCUCAUUCAUCGAUCAUCUACUCUACUAUAAUUAUUGAAUAUUAUAAAAGUAAUUAAUAUUAUUGUAACAUGUGUAAGGUAUAAUAAUCGUAAAAAAACGUUAUCAUCUUGUGUAUGAACGCGUAGGGAAAAGAAGAUGAGAGCUAGAGUGCAAGAGAUUGUGCGAGAGAGAGAGAGAGAAAGGGAAGAUUAAGAGUGUGUAUGAGAUCGACCAGAAGACAAACGAACGAAUGGAACGUGAGCGUGCUUGCGCAAGUGAGUCGGGGCAAAAUCGCAACAAAAAGCAACUAUAAGUAGAAACUGAAACGAGCAAAAUCGAAGGAGGGAUAACUGCUUUUCGUUCGGUCGACUGUGACAACUGUGCAGUCGGGAAAGCGCGCAUUUUAAUGAAAAAAAAAAAAAUAUAUAUAUAUAUAUAAAUAUAUAUAAAGAAUAAACGUUUUAAGAUGUUUCGUUUAAACAUAUGAGACUGACCCGGCCCGCCGCGGCCUCCAGAGUUUGCAGUCAACCGUACCUUCGAACAGGAGACGCGUGUCGCCUCUCUCUCUCUCUCUCUUGUAUCUGAAUUAAACGAAGCGGAAAAAUCAACAGUAAUUUGAUCUCCGGUUCGUUUAACGUUCAGUUGCGUUCGAUAUCUUGAAGGAACGCGAACGGUUGUUCACGGAACUUGUGAUAAAAAGACGUUGUCGCGUAUUGUAUCACAGAGAGAGAGAAAGAGAGAGACUGUAGGAGACAAGGACGACGUUGAAUGUGGGAAGGUACGAGAGACAAGAGUCAACGCGUGCGAUGGGAGAGUUUGUGUGCGUGAGAGAGAGAGAGAGAGAAAGAUAGAAAGCGAGCACAGAGAGUGAUAAAGAGACGAAGAUAGAAGACGAGAAGAGCGGAGUUGUCGCAUGGAAGUCCGGUGGAAUCGGCAUUUAAACGGCGCAGUUGUAAAUAGUAGAUUCGUAUGGCUAAGGUCCUAGAAGGCGCGAGUGGACGAGUUUUUUGCUUUUCGCGAACAAAACGCUCGGUGAGAGAACGAGAGAAGACAGAUAAGAAAGAAAAGCGAGCGAGAAAAAAAAAAAGAAAAGUGCGAAGAUACGCGGCGGGCCGCCGCCGACGUGUUGUUGAGACGCCCGCCCCGCCCCCCUUUUGUCCCCGUAGUACAGUCGACGCCGAGAAUAUCGGUGCAGGAGAGAGUGAGAGAGAGAGUAAGAGAAAACAACCGUGAACAGUGGCGAAAAAGAAAGCAACCAUACACAUACAACAGAAACACACACGAGGAACAUACACACCCGCCUGCGAGAAAUACGCGCGGAACAUCACAGAAACAAAGACAGACAGACAGGUCAACGAUAAAAAAUAGGAAAGAACAGCGAAAGAGAGAGAGUGAGAGAAAGAGAGAGAGAAACGCGUAGCUAGCACCAUACGAAACCAACCAGCCGAGAAUCCGUAAGAUAGGUAACAGGAGAAAGAAAAGAAAAGAAAAGUACACGAAGAAACGCGAAAAAUCGUAGGGCAAAGAGAAACUGCUCGAUGGGCACGCAGAAAAACCGUUGUCUCGCUAUAACUUUUUUGAGCGCAGCACCGUCAAAUCACCUCGAACACAUCCCAAACAAAGCUUCGUAGUGAAACACUCUGUGUAUUUAUUGUACUCGAGGAAGAUAAUGAAGAAAAAGUCAUUCCCUUUACGCUGUGUAUCACCGUACAACCCCUUCCGUACACCCUCGACUCGUUUGAUCCUUGUUGCUGUCACACCCCUUCGAUACAAUCUCACUUACCCCCUUUUUUUUUCCUUCGCCAGUUAGUCAUAACCCAGCUAGAGAUGAUCAGCUUGAACCGUUGUUUACGUUGUAGCAAGUGCACACGUGUCACGUAUAUCGGGGUCAAUUUCGCAUCAGCUGUUACAGAUCGAAGUCUCUUGUCACCCUUAUUGUCCGUCUAAUUGUCUCCCCCGAAAAAAACACCGAUCGAUCCGUAUCCGAAAAAUUUCUCCCACCUGUCCCAGCCAUCUUUCCUAUACAACACAACCCCCCGACAUUCCCGUAUCCCUAACACGUCCUUGCAAGCGAACUAGCGUUGAUAUUCGUAAUACUUGUUAUACAUAAACUACACAUAAUGAUUAUUAUAGUAAACGAUACAUAAAGUAUGAUAUAUUUCUCUAUCCAUUAAGAAGGAGGAUGCAAGCAGCUGUUGUUUCUGGUGGAACGAUGAGAAACAUGCAACGCAAACAAAAUAAAUAAUAAUAAUAAAAAAAAAAAAUGGUGGUAAAAAAGUAAAAAACAUAUAAUGUACGCGACAAAGUAACGAAAUACCGAAAGUGUACUGUAUUACAUGGAAGAAUACAAACGCAGCCCCGCAUAUUGCCCAGUGAGCACGUCGUUUUGUACGCUUGGGAGUUGUGAGGUCGUCUGAAUAAACAUUGUCUGGUGAAUUAUACAGAA